AUGAAGGAGAUUAAGAAAAAUGCAAAAACUGAUAUUUCAUACGAUCAGAGGCACAACCCAGCAAGAAAGCAGAGCAGAAAGCAUGUAGAUUACAGCACUAAGCUACCAAGUACUACUAAAGCAAUUGUAAUCUCCUCGGCCACAGACCAUGAAAGCAAGCAAAAGGUCGAACACAAGUCGCAAGCAUCGAGGCUGAGCAAAACGCACCCUCUCUCAAACCACCACCACCUCCCCCAACUCCAUCGCCACGCACCGCUGCCUCAUGACGGCUUCAAGUCUCUUCUUUCCCUCCUCCGCCGCUCCUCCUCUUUCGUCCUCCCCCAACUCCACGCAAGAAUCCUCGAGUCCCGCCUCGCCCACGCCUACCUCACGUCCGAUGACCUGCCCCCCGCCGGUCUUCCUCUGGAACAAGACCAUCAAAGGGUGCUCCGACGCUUCUGGGAGGCCGUUGCCGUGUGCGACCGGAUGCUCGUGCGCGGCGUGCGGCCCAACGAGUUCACCUUCACCUUCGUCCUCCCGGCCUGCGCCGGUGCGCGGUCAGCCUCCGAGGGCCGUAGGGCCCACGGCAACGUGCUGAGCUUCGGGUGCGGCUCCAACGUCUUCGUCGCAACCGCGCUCGUCGAUAUGUAUGGGAAGUGUGGUGACGUACGCAUGGCGAGGAAGGUGUUUGACGGAAUGCCCGUGCGAGGUACCGCGAGCUUUAACGCUCUGAUUGUUGGGUACGUGUUGAACGGUGAAUCCAUAUUCAACCAUAUGCAAGAAUCCGCAGUCCAAUUCGAUGCGAUGACCAUGGUCGGUGUGUUGCAGGCUUGUUCCUAUCUCGGUGCCCUGCAACGAGGAAGAUAGGUUCAGAAACAAGUCCUGCGGGCCAGCAUGGAGAUCACUGUUCACUUGGGCGCAGCUCUGAUAAACAUGUAUGCUCGGUGCGGUAGCAUUAAAGAAUCUCGAAGGGUGUUCGAUAGAAUACCUGAGAGAGAUUUGAUCAGUUGGACUGCCAUCAUUUGUGGAUAUGGGAUGCAUAGACUAGCUGAAGAUGCAGAGCUUCUCUUUAGGUUCGAUGGUGUCACCUUCAUGGGGCUUUUGAUGGGAUUCAGCCAUAAAGGGCUGGUUCAAAAGGGUCAACAAUACUAUGGCAGAAUGAUCCAACAGUAUGGUUUUAAGCCUGCUCUGGAGCACCACAGUUCCAUGGUUGAUAAGCUUGGUCGAGCAGGUAGACUGGAUGAGGCUGAGGAGUUCACUGGAAACAUGGACGUGGAGCCUGAUGCAAGUGUUUGAGGUGGCCUUCUUAAUGCCUGCAAAAUUUAUGGGAAUGUUGACAUUGGUGAGCGAGUCAUCGAACAGAUUCUGAGGAUCGACCCUGGUUAUGCAGGUUGGUACGUCCUGAUGUCUAACAUCUAUGCGUUUGCGAGAUGUUGGGAUGGUGUUGCAAGGAUGAGGCUUCUGAUGGAGGAGAAUAGGAUAUCAAAGCCUCCUGGAUGGAGUUCGAUCGAGAUUGGAGGUCAAAUGCACACCUUCCUUGCGUUCGAUAAGUCGCAUCCUAGGUCGAACGAGAUAUACAUGUUUCUCAAGGACCUCGAAAAGAGGAUGCGUAUCGAGCAUUAUGUGCCGGAGAUAAAAUGUGUGCUAAGCAAAUUGGAUGAGGAACACAAGGAAGACAUGCUCCGUGGCCAUAGCGAGCGAUUAGCCAUUGCAUUUGGGAUCUUAGGCACAGGAGAUGGUGAAGUGUUGAGGGUGAUUAAGAACUUGAGAGUGUGUAGAUUGCCACACUGCCACCCAAGUUCAUAAGUAAGAUUGUCAAGCGGGAGAUUGUCGGCAGAGAUGCAAAAAGAUUCCUUCAUUUUAAAGAUGGUGCUUGCUCCUGUGGUGACUAUUGGUGAGAGUGGCAUUCCCAGGUUGUAUCAGGGUAUCGGGCGGUCGACCUCUGGCUCUCUCUCAUGCAGACUCUUCCUGGUCGCAGCUUUUCCAUCUCUAAAAUAUACCUGGUUUGAUGGUGCAAGAACUCUUGCUUAGCUGAGAUUUUCUACAGAAUUUGAUGUCUGAGAGACCGCAUUAGGAAGUUUCAUUAUUUUGUCAUCAUCCACACAAGUGCAAAGGAACUGAAAUAACAUGAUCCCACAUGUUGCUAGUUUCUUGACCAGAAUUCUUCAAAAAGGUUUUUAGAAAGUAAAUCAUGAAAGAGGAGCAGGCUAUGCUUGAAGUGAGGUUUUGGUGUGUAUUCAUUAAGCAUUUGCUGUAAGCUAAAUUCUUUUGUUUUUGUUCUCCUUGUGCAUGUAUAUGGCUAUGAUGUACAUGAGAUUGAAGAGACAAAGGCUCUUCCUCUUCCUAUAAUAAUUAUCUGAAAUUUUAUCAUUCUUGAUGAUUAAAGGAUUUUUU